GUUCUGUUACUGUAUAACAGGUUUGUUGUUACCUUCGCAAACAAGAUUUAAUUUAGCAGUGUCGGGAAAGAAGUUAGAAUAAUAUGGUAGAAAUGAAAGUGCAUCCACUAGCCGUCACUGGAAAGGCCGAUCUCGCAGAUGCAGUCGCGAAAAGCAAGGUCCUUGUUGUUGGAGCUGGAGGGAUUGGCUGUGAACUUCUGAAGAAUCUCGUCUUAUCGGGUUUUCGGGACAUAGUUGUGGUGGACCUGGAUACAAUCGAUGUCAGCAAUCUGAACCGUCAAUUCUUGUUUCAAAAACAGCACGUGUCUCAGUCAAAAGCGAAAGUCGCUCGAGAGUCAGCACUUGCAUUUGAUCCUGAUGCAACAAUCGAAAGUGUUCAUGGCAGCAUAAUGAGUCCCGAAUUCGGCGUGACUUACUUCAAGCAAUUCACGCUGGUUAUGAAUGCAUUGGAUAAUAACGCUGCCCGGACCCAUGUGAAUCGCUUGUGCUUGUCUGCUGAAAUUCCACUCAUCGAGAGCGGCACUGCUGGUUAUUUUGGGCAAGUCAAGGUGAUCAAGAAGGGGCUGUUCGAGUGCUUCGAGUGUCAACCACCGUCUCGCACCAAGACUUUUCCCAAUUGCACAAUCCGUAAUACGCCUUCAGAGCCUAUCCAUUGCAUCGUGUGGGCGAAACAUCUUUUCAGCCAGUUAUUUGGCGAGGAGGAUGACGAAAAUGAAGUUUCUCCUGAUAUGGAUGAUCCCGAACUUGGCGGAAGUGCGGGUGAGCGAGCGUUAAAUAACAACGGAGCUGAAAAUACUACCUCAGGCCCACGUGUUUCUACUAAGGCUUGGGCGAAAGAGAUUGGAUAUGACCCGAAGAAACUUUUCAUGAAGUUCUUCCACUCAGAUAUUCAGUAUCUUCUUUCAAUGAAAAAGCUUUGGGAGAAGCGUCGUCCGCCGACUCCCCUCGACUGCGAAAAGCUUGAUGAGGAGGCCGGAUGUAGCACAGAUUCAUCGUCCGAUAAGCUGGAAGAUCUCAAGAUGUGGUCUCUACAAGACUGUUUCAUUCACUUCAGCGAGGCAGUUGGGAUUCUGAAGGUGAGAGCAGAAAAAGAUGAUCUGACUUGGGACAAGGAUGACUGCCCUAGCUUGGACUUCGUCACUGCUUGCUCAAAUAUUCGAGCCGCAGUGUUCGGCAUUCCUCGAAAGACGCGUUUCGACGUCAAGUCCAUGGCGGGAAACAUCAUUCCAGCGAUAGCCACCACGAAUGCCAUCGUGGCUGGUGGAAUGGUAGUGGAAGCUUUCAAAAUUCUGCGGAACAAAAUUGAAGAUUGCAAACUGGAGUCGCUGCACAUGAUUGCUCCGGAUGUUCAAGUCAACAAUGGAGUCAUUUUGAUUUCUUCUGAAGAAGGAGAAAUCGAUACGACGAACAGAACUCUUGCAGAUUUUCAAAUCCGGGACGGCACAGAGCUGAGCUGCGAUGAUUUCUUGCAAGACUACUCGCUUGUUGUUUGCAUAUUGGACGUAGAGGAACCGCUUGAAAAUGGUGAAGAGUUCCAGGUCAUCGGCAAGGACGCGCUAGCUACCUUCGAGGAAAGCCGGAAGACGGAUUUGGCUGAUGGGAAGGCUGAAUUGGUCGUCAGUACCAGUGAAGCCAUUGAAAUUGACGAGGAAGAGCUAACGUAUGCGGGAGAAAAGAUCUAUGGCAUGGACGAUGACGACGACGCUGACGCCAUCAAAGAAGUACCGUUGGAUGUCUCGGAGACGAAGAAACGCGGACUCUCGCAAGAUGGCAUCAUUGAUGAGCCUGUUGCAAAGAAGGUGAAAGUUGCAAGUCAAAUAAAAUCUCGCAGAAGGUCGCCAUGUCGAAAUUGUGAAAUGUGUAAUUAUAAUGAUCCUUCUUUAGAAUACGAGCUUGCAGCAGCUGCACUAGAUGCCUUUGCGGAUGAAGAUUACGGCGUAGCUAUUGAACAACUUACGCUAAUAUUACUCGAAGGAACAGAAUUGCGACCAAAUUUACUGCUGAAGCGAGCGGAGUGCUUUUACAAGAUCGAAAGAUACGUCGAGGCGUUGAAUGACGUGAAUUAUCUUCUGGAAGAGUUACCAGACCAUACACGCGCCCUACAUUUCAAAGCUCGGGUCUUGCUGUCCUGUCAUCAAAUCAAGGAAGCUCGAGAUAUAUUUGUCGAACUGAGCCAGCGAAAGGAAGUUUUGGAUUCCGAUUUGAAAGUUUUUGAGUAUAUUCGACUUAGUGAAGAAAAACUAGCUCGCAUUGAAAGUCAGAAACUCCGGCUUCUUGCGGUCGAAGAAGAGGCUUUGCGCAAAAAAACGGAAUCUGAGGAGGUUGAAAAAAUGGCUGCUUCUACUGCCUCUGCAGCUGAAGCCGUGAAAGCACCUUCUAAAAUCCGCCACGAAUGGUAUCAGACUGACGCGACUGUGAUUGUCAGUGUUCUUGCUAAAGGGCUGACCAAAGACUUGGUCAACGUUGACGCAACCACGCAUACUCUUGUUUUAGAGCUGAAGUAUCCCGAUGAGACGAAACGCGUGGAAAUCGAUCUUCUGCACCCAAUCAAAAGCGUGGAGACAUCUUUCAAAGUUACUCCUUCAAAGGUUGAGGUUACUUUGAAAAAGACAGAAGGUGUUCGCUGGGAUAAAUUGGAAGCUAAUCCUGCAGAUGUUCAACAAAGGCUAGCCGACGUUCGCCCAAGUUAUCCGACUUCUGCCAAGUGCCAUCAUAAUUGGGAUGCUUUGGAACAAGAAGUGAAAAAGGAAGAAGCUGAAGAAAAAUUGGAAGGAGACGCAGCUUUGCAGAAAGUUUUUGCCGACAUUUACGCCGGAGCAAGCGAUGAGGCUAAGAGAGCUAUGAAUAAAUCUUAUGUCGAAUCUGGCGGAACGGUGCUCAGCACCAAUUGGAAUGACAUAAAAGAGAAGAAGACCGACGUGAAGCCUCCCGAUGGCAUGGAGUUCAAAAAGUGGUGAUCUUGAAAGCAAUGUCGUUCAUAUGCUCAUUUAUAUUCCCUCCAACUGGAAGGUCGAAUCUUGCGUGUUUCUGCUUUUUAGUUCAGUUUUCAUCGGUCUGCGGUAGAGGUUGUCAAAAGCCGUAACUAAUUUCGAGUGAAAUUCUGUUUUCCUUUCAUGUGACUUCCGCGUAAUGGCCAUGAAACCUUUUCAGAAA